UGACGUGUAAAACCCUAUAACGUAUCACCUUCCAAUUUAAGUCGAAAACCCUAAUUUUCACCUCUCCUUUCUUGUUGGGUUAACGAAGAAGAACCUGUAGCAGCAGCACCGCCGGAGCCAUGGUGAAGUAUUCAAGGGAACCCGAUAACCCUACCAAAUCUUGCAAAGCCAGGGGUUCAAGUCUCCGAGUUCAUUUCAAGAAUACGCGUGAGACAGCCCAUGCACUUAGAAAGAUGCCGUUGGACAAGGCCAAGAAAUAUCUGGAAGAUGUUCUUUCCCACAAACAAGCCAUUCCCUUCACACGCUUUUGUGGUGGGGUUGGUCGUACUGCUCAGGUAAAGGAUCGUCAUUCAAAUGGUCAAGGACGUUGGCCUGUCAAAUCUGCAGGGUUUAUUCUGGAUUUACUCAAAAAUGCUGAGAGCAAUGCUGAGGUUAAAGGCUUGGAUGUGGAUUCACUUUUCAUAUCUCACAUCCAAGUAAACCAGGCACAAAAACAGAGGCGCCGCACAUACCGAGCACACGGAAGAAUUAACCCCUAUAUGUCUCACCCUUGCCAUAUUGAGUUGGUAUUGUCUGAGAAGGAAGAGUCCGUCAAGAAAGAGCCGGAGACUCAGUUGGCUCCUAGGAAGGCAAAAGCAUGAGCAGUGAAUCUCCUGGAUCGCAGAAGGUGUCCUUAGGCUUUGUUAUGUAACAAUUUUGGCAGUUUGAACCAUUUUCUCCGUUAGUUUGUCGCACUGUUCUGCGUAUUCUUAUUAUUUCUAAAGUUGAGUUGGAUGCUUACCUUAUUUUGGUGGCUAAAGACUUCUGGUGAACUUUUCAUUGGAUCACAAACUCUCUUCAUUUCUAUACUUAAUCUGUGUGGGUCGAGUUA